CUCUCCAGGCUUCUUCUUUUUUCCCCAUUGCCAGAAUCAUCGACGCAGCACCAAUUCUCGUUCGUUUUAGGCGAGGAAGAUCCACAUAUUAUGACCCAAUUCUGCCCCAGAUUGGUUAAACUCAACCUCCGGCGCAGAUUCCAGCGUCGCGUUUUGAUUCUCCGACGCUGCAUUCGUGGCUUUUGGGACCGAUUCCUCGUAUGCUCCCUGGGGAAGCCCAUGAAGACUACUCGGUAUCGAAUCUUAGCCGCCAACCCCUCCGCCUCCUCGCAUCCUCCGCCGCAUUCCUCUUCGGCGAGGGGCGGAGAGGCGUCUGUUUGUCAUCUCGAUCACCAUGAUCGUAAGGACUCCGAUUUGGUUCAGUUGAAGAUCAGCCUCUUGGGUGACCCUCAAACCGGAAAAACUAGUUUUCUGAUGAAAUACAUUGGAGAUGAAAACGAGGAUGGACAAGAAGACACUCAACGGAAAGGGUUAAAUUUGAUGGAUAAAACAUUUUUUGUAAGUGGAGCAAGGAUUUAUUACUGCAUCUGGGAAGUUGAUGGAGCUGAUAAAUCUCAGGAUCAUCUUCCCCUGGCUUGCAAAGACUCUGUGGCAAUUCUUUUCAUGUUUGAUCUCACAAGCAGGUGUACUUUAAACAAUAUCAUAAGCUGGUAUCAAGAGGCCAGGAAAUGGAAUCAGACAGCAAUACCUAUUUUGAUAGGAACCAAAUUCGAUGAUUUCACUGAUCUCCCCCUAGAUUUGCAGUGGACAAUCGCUAGUCAGGCAAGGGCAUAUGCGAAGGCCAUAAACGCGACCCUGUUCUUUUCAAGUGCUACAUACAACAUAAACGUGAGCAAGAUUUUCAAGUUCAUCACGGCAAAACUCUUUGACCUGCCUUGGACAGUCGAACGCAACCUUAACAUUGGAGAACCCAUCAUCGAUUUCUAAGAGUUUCGUGUUGUUUGUAAUGUAGAUAACAUAGACAAUGUUUCCGAAGGGGAUAGAUCCUCAGUCAACCGGUCAUCAGAUUUUAUGUUUUUUUUUUCUCUUCAUUGGUCUGUCUGAUGAUAAUCGAGUUGUUUCACUCUGGGGAAAGCCCAUGUUUAAGCAAUGAAUAGCAUUUGAGUUGUU